AAUGACUGAAAAAGCGGAGUUUAAAGUGCCCAAAGGGGAUCCGAAGUUAUUGGCUAAAAGUAGAAAGCCAGAGCCUGUUCCCAGCGCGUCGAAGACCGACGACGGUACGUUCGAAGAAAAUGCUGCAGAGAUUCCUCCCAUACCGUAUAAGGAACCGAAGUGGUCUGGAAAAUGCGACUUGGAUCGGGAUUACAGCUUCGAGGUGGAGAAAAAUGGGGUUAUUAUUGAGAGGGUGCGGCAACUGCAGAACAAAACGUUCUGGCUGUUUGGCCGGUUACCGAACUGUGAUCUGAACAUGGCGCACCCAACGAUCUCGCGGUAUCAUGCGGUUCUGCAGUACCGGCCUCCACCAUCGGAAGACGCCGACUCGGGGGGGAACGACGAGCAGGGGAGCACACGACCUGUUCACACUACGGUCGAGCCCGGGUGGUAUCUGUACGACCUGAACAGCACGCACGGAACGUUCCUUAAUAAGCAGCAGAUAAAGCCGCGAACAUAUGUGCGAGUGCGCCCUGGUUACAUGAUCAGGCUGGGAUCGAGCUCACGAACAUUCAUCCUGGACGGUCCGACGGAUGAGGAGGAUGAACCGUCCGCCUUGACGAUCACGGAACUGAAGGAGCAUACCGCAAAGGUACGAGCAUUGCAAGCCGAGAUGGCCGAAAUUGAGCGCAAGGAGAAGGAUCGUUUGGAACGGUUGAAGGAAGAGGAAGGUAUUAGCUGGGGAAUGGCGGAAGACGCGGACGAGGAAACGGAUCUACAUGAAAAUCCUUAUGCCGCGUCGAACAAUGAGGAGCUGUUCUUGGACGAUCCGAAGAAAACGCUGCGCGGAUAUUUCGAACGCGAAGGGUACGAGCUGGAGUACAAGUUAAACGAGGUUUCUUCCGGAACAUAUAGCUGCAGAGUGGAGCUACCGGUCGACGAUGCUGGUGGUCUACCGAUUGUUGCCACGGUAACACACAAAGGCAAGAAGAAGGAGGCUGUUGUGCAGUGCGCCCUUGAGGCGUGUCGCAUACUCGACCGUCAUGGCUUGCUGCGUCAGGCGAAUCAUGAACCGCGGCGCAGAUUUCAAAAGCAGUCGGAUUCGGACGAUGAUGAUGACUUCCUCGAUCGGACGGGAGCCGUUGAGAAGCGACGCUCACGAAAACAAGCCAAGGAUACCCAAAUCCGAACGUAUGAAGAUCUGAUUCACGAAGAGGCGCAAAUUCUGGAGCGGCUGGAGAAAAUCGAACUACAGAUAAACAAGGCACAGCUAAUAACGAAGAAAACGCGGUUGCCCAAAAACGACGACGAUGUGGACGAUUUUCUGAACAAUCUCGUUCAACCGAGCGAUAAAUUCGAAAUUCGUCGGCUACGCGUCGAGCAGAAGCAUUUGCACGAGAGCCACGAAAGGGUGAAGAAACUGAUCGCCAUGGUGAAGCCGAUCGAUUUGGCCAGUAUUGUGAAUUCGAAGCAGCCGAGUAGCACUGAGCAGACAAAGCACAGUGUGUUGCCACUUUUCGGCAAGCGCCACAAGUUGAGCAACACAUUCGGCAUUCGCGAAUCAAGCAUAAAGGCCCAAAAAGAUAGCGAUGUGGAUGGUGGCGAAAGUUCGCGACGGGAAGCUCCUCGGGUUCCCCCUGGCGAAAGCGCAUACUGCAGCAGAAAGUCGACAAAAUGCACUUCCUCAGCUUCGGCGCUCGACGAUGCGAAGCAGCCGAAACACUUUGCCAAGAAGCGGUCUUUAAGUGGCGCCAGCUCCGAAGGCGACUCGGAUCGUGUACGACAAACGUUUCCAGAUGAGAUCGAUCCCGAAAAAGGUGGCGGCGGUAACAGUAAAAAGAGGCGUCCACGAAAUCGGAUGCGGGAGAGGGUCAGGGAAAACGUUGACUUUGACGAUAUGGCAGAGAUGGAGAGUGAAGACAAAAACGUCGAAUGGGUACCACCAUCGGGUCAAACGGGCGAUGGCCGAACGUCGUUGAAUGAAAAAUUCGGAUACUAGUUGUCUGGAACAUGGUGUAAAAGUAAAAUAA